GCUGUGCGCCGGGGCCCCGCCUGCCUUCCGACGGGGGUGCGGCUCCAGGAAACCGCGCGCUCGCCUCUAUGCUGUUGGGGCAGCCCUAGGUGCCCGGAACGACGCCGAGACUGCGGCCGGAUUAUCCUGCGAGCCCCAGCGGCGGCAUCAGGCGACCGCGACCUUAAAUCGGAGUCCCAGACACCUCGGCACGGACGGGGCGGACAGGACAGUACAGCGGAUAGAAGCUCUAGAGGCCAUGGAGACCCCUGUCAGGCCGGCACUCCUUAGUCAGCGGGAACCACGGGUCUAGGAAGGGGCCCGCGGGAGCAGCGGGGGCCAUGACCACAGUGUGGAAGCGCCUGCAGCGUGUGGGCAAGCGGGCCGCUAAAUUCCAGUUCGUGGCCUGUUACCAUGAGCUGGUGUUGGAGUGCACCAAGAAAUGGCAGCCAGACAAGCUGGUGGUAGUGUGGACCCGGCGGAACAGACGCGUCUGCUCUAAGGCCCACAGCUGGCAGCCAGGCAUCCAGAACCCAUACCGGGGCACUGUGGUAUGGAUGGUGCCUGAGAACGUCGAUAUCUCCGUGACCCUGUACAGAGACCCCCAUGUGGACCGCUAUGAGGCCAAAGAGUGGACAUUCAUUAUUGAAAAUGAGUCCAAGGGGCAGCGGAAGGUGCUGGCCAUGGCUGAGGUGGACCUGGCCCACCAUGCAGGGCCUGUGCCAGCCCAAGUUCCGCUGCGGCUGCGGCUGAAGCCCAAGUCGGUGAAGGUGGUGCAUGCUGAGCUGAGCCUCACUCUGUCCGGGGUGCUGCUGCGGGAGGGCCGAGCCACGGAUGAUGACAUGCAGAGUCUUGCCAGCCUCAUGAGCGUGAAACCGAGUGAUGUGGGAAACUUGGAGGACUUUGCUGAGAGUGAUGAGGAUGAGGCUAAUGUCCCAGGGGCCCCUGAGGCCUGGGCUCGAGGCCCCCAGCCAGGCCUGGGCAGUGCCUUGAGGCUGGGGCAUUUCCCAGAUCCUUCUCGGGAGCUGAAGACCCUUUGUGAAGAAGAUGAGGUCCAAGUACACUCCAGGCAGGCAGAUGCCAGCCCUACUAAAACUGAGGAUUCCAGCCCAGCCCCUGUGAGUGGCCCUGUGCCCCCAGCCAGAGCCUCCCGGGGCCAGGGAUCAGAACCAGUUACUAUAGCCGGGGGCCAGGUGGGGCGGCCCCCAGGAACCCCACCAGAGGCAAGGUCUUCCAGGCAGCCAAGCCAGGACAUGGCCCCCACCCCAGCCCCUCGGCUCCGGAAAGGCUCCGAUGCCCCCCAGCCCCCAGUCCUCCAAGAGGGAAACCAGGUCCCCAGUGCCAAUGCCUCAGAGGCUCUCUCAGUAGGAAUGGGUUCAUCUGGGGAUACUGAGGCCUGGACAAGUCCCCAGGAAGAGACAGAAACCCAGGGAGCCAGGCAUGACUUGGACACUGAGCAUAUGGACUCCAAAGACCCCCUGGGAGGGCAGAGACCCAAAGCUGAAGAAAGGGUGACUGGGGGCAGGCCAGAGAUUCCGGGGACAGACAGUGAGCGAGGGGCAGGGUUUGAAGAGGUGCUCACCAAGAAGUCAGGGUGCACAGCUGGAGAGACUCAAAAGAUUCCUGAGACUAUCAGAGUACUUCAAAGUAGAGACUUUGAAGCAGAGCAGAGACCUGUGGCUACUGUGGAACCAGAGACUGUAGGGCUUCUGCCUGAGGCAAAAUUCAGGGUGACUCCUCAGGCACCUCCGAGGGGCUCUCAGGGGAAGAUAGGAGUCCUGAUGCAGGAAGAGCAUCCCACAGGGCUGAACUCAUCUCCAGCAGAGCCUGCAGGAUAUUCUGGGUAUCUCUGUGAUCACAGCAGGGCUAGGGAUGCUGCAGGCCAGGAGACAAAGGAUGUGGAGAUGAGGGACAGAGCCUCUGGUAUUGGGAGGACAGGUCUGGAGCAGGGCCCUUCUGCCGGACCAGCAAGCCCAAGCCCCCAGGUGAGCAGGUUUGAGGGGGCCCCAUCAGUUGAACAAGGGGCAAGACCUAGGGAUCUGACAAUCUGGAACAUGGAAGCUGAGAAGUCAAGGGUCCUGGAAGCAGAGACUGAACAGGCAGAGUGGGAGGUAUUGGGUGCACAGGAGACAGAAGCAGGGGGAUCAGGGUUCUCAGAGAUACAGAGUAGGGCAACAGACACUGAGAUAUUGGGGGCCCAGGAGACAAAGACAGCAGGAUCAGGGGUCCUGGAGUCAGAGGCUUCUAGGCCAGUGGAGCUGGAGGUCCUGGGGGCCCAGGAGACAGGGGUUCCAGGGGUGGUGGGAAGAGAGACUGAGCUAGCAAGCUCUGAAGUGAUGGGGACCCAGAAAAUAGAGGCUGGAGGUUCAGAAGUUCUGAGGACAAAAACUACGGUAGUAGAGACUGAGCUAUUGGGGGCCAAGAAAACAGAUGUAAGAGGUUCUGAGGUACCAGAGACAGAGGGUGGGGAUGCAGAAGCUGAAAUAUUGGGAACCCAGGAUAUAGCCUCUGAGGGGUUAGGGGUUCCAGGGGUAGAAGCUGAGAUGGCAGAGUCUGAGUUGUUGGGGGACCUGGAGGUAGAGGUAGGGGUUCCAGGGAUGCCAGGGACAGAGGCUGGAAUGGCAGAGUCUGAAAUAUUGAAGAUCCAGAAAGAAGUAGAUGAGGAUUUGAAAGUUCUUGGGACAAAGACCAGGAUAGUAGAGUCUGAGAUGUUGGGGACUCAAAGGUUAUCUGAGGGUUCCACAGUCUUAAAGAUAGAAGCUGAGAUAGUAGGGUCCCAGAAUAUACAGGUAGAAGAUUCUGGGGUACCAGAGAAAAAGACUGGUGAGGAAGAGGCUGAUAUACUGGAAACACAGGAGUCAGGAACUGAGGGCUCAGGGAUUCUAGGCGUAGAAGCUUGGGUGGUGGAGUCUGAGACACUGGAGAGCUAUAAGACAAAGGUUGGGGUUUUGGGGACCUCAGAGUUAGAGACUGGAACAACAGAAGCUGAGGAGCCUGGGACCCUGGAGAUAGAGGUAGGAACUUCAGAGGCUUCAAUGAUGGAAACUGAGAGAGUAGAAACUGAGCUAUUGGGGACCCAAGAGAUAGGGGAUUUAGGGGUUCCAGGGAUAGAAGCUGAGAAAGCAGAGUUGGAGAAAUCAGAGGCCCAAAAGCCAGAGGUGGAAAUCAGGACAGCACAAGGUGAGAUAGUGAGGACCCAGGAGGUAGCAGUUAAGAAUUCAGGGAUCCCAGGGCCAGAGGCUGAGGUAGUUCAGACACCAAAGAUAGAAACUACAGUUGUGGAGUCUGAGGAGGCAGACGUUGAGACUCUGGGGGUCCAGGAAGCAGAGACUAGAGUUGGGGGAGCCCUCAUUUAUGAGGCUUUAAAGGUCCCAGUCACAAAGCAAAGAGUUUUAGAAUGCCAGGAAGUAGAAACAGAGGUUCCAGGAGUAUGUGGAGCAGAGACUAAAGUUUUGAGGGUCCAGGAAGCAGAAGCUAGGGUUUUGGAGGUAUCAGAAGCCAGAUCUGAGGUUCGGGGGACCCAGAGAGCCGAAAUAGCAGUUUUGGGGCCUAUAGAGAUUCAGUGUAUUUUUGAGGCCCAGGAAGCCUUGGGAACCAAGAAGGGGAAAGAAGCUGAGGGAGGCGUUCCAGAGGCAGGCCUGACUGAGGCACAGGUGGCCAGUAGGGCAGGGGCUGGGGUGCCCAGGCCCUCAGGGGCCUCUUCCCCAGAGGAGCCUGAAGAGGACAGGAGGCUGCCGGGCAGCCAGGCACCACCUGCCCUGGUCAGCUCCAGCCAGUCCCUACUGGAGUGGUGUCAGGAGGUCACCACUGGCUACCGUGGUGUCCGAAUCACCAACUUCACCACAUCCUGGCGCAAUGGCCUGGCCUUCUGUGCCAUCCUACACCGAUUCUAUCCGGACAAGAUUGACUAUGCCUCCCUUGAUCCACUCAACAUCAAGCAGAACAACAAGCAGGCCUUCGAUGGUUUUGCAGCUCUGGGUGUGUCAAGGCUGCUGGAGCCUGCAGACAUGGUGCUGCUGUCAGUCCCCGACAAACUCAUCGUCAUGACAUACCUAUGCCAGAUCCGCGCUUUCUGCACUGGCCAAGAACUGCAGCUUGUGCAGCUGAAGGGUGGCGAUGGCAGCGGCACGUACCGUGUGAGCAGCACUAUGCCAAGCCUGCCCGAUGAGCUGGAUGCGGGUGACUUGGCUCAGCGGCUGCGUGAGCAUGGGCCUGAGAUGCCCAAGGAAGUGGUGAGCCACACAGAACCCAUCACAGAGCCUGUGGGCUCAGACACAGGCUGCACCCCCAAGGAUGGUGAGGCUAAGGCUGUAGGAGAAGCAAGUCCCCCAGGAGCCCUGGCCAAUGUCCCCUCAGCCCCAUCAUCCAUAGCUCCAGUUCCCCCAGCAGAGGGGCUGGUGAAUGGGACUGGGGCAACUACAGGCGGGGGUUGUGUGAGACUGCGACAGGCUUCGGUCAAUGGGGAGGCUGGCCCCGUGCCACCGCCUCGUGCGCACGGUUCCUUCUCCCACGUGCGCGACGCCGAUUUGCUGAAGAAGAGGCGCUCAAGGCUGCGCAGCAGCAGCUCCUUUUCUGUGGAUGAGUCAGACUUGGGAGCUGCUACAACGGAAGCCCUGAGCCCUGACCCCAGCCCUGCCCCUGGGCCACCCACAGCGCUGACCCCAGGGCAGCCUCCUGGUGGGAGCCCCCCACUAGAAGAGACACGCCCAAGUCCAGGGGAGGAGGCUGGAAUGCAACGGUUCCAAGACACAAGUCAGUAUGUGUGUGCAGAGCUACAGGCCCUGGAACAAGAGCAGAGGCAGAUAGAUGGACGGGCGGCUGAGGUAGAGACACAGCUGAGGAGCCUCAUGGAAUCAGGUGCCAACCGACUGCAGGAGGAGGUUCUGAUCCAGGAAUGGUUCACACUGGUGAAUAAGAAGAAUGCUCUUAUCCGGAGACAGGACCAGCUGCAGCUGCUCAUAGAGGAGCAGGACUUGGAGCGCAGGUUUGAGCUGCUGAGCCGGGAACUGCGUGCCAUGCUGGCCAUUGAAGAUUGGCAGAAAACAGCUGCACAGCAGCACCGAGAGCAGCUACUGCUAGAGGAGCUGGUAUCACUGGUAAACCAACGUGAUGAGCUGGUCCGGGACCUGGACCACAAGGAGCGAAUUGCCCUGGAGGAGGAUGAGCGCCUGGCGCGUGGUCUGGAACAGCGGCGCCGCAAGCUGAGCCGGCAGCUGAGCCGGCGUGAACGCUGCGUGCUGAGCUGAGCCUUCCUGGGCCUCACCUGGCCUUCAGGCCCCGCCUUCAGCAUUGCCUGUCCCUAGCAACUGCUUGUUGCCCUGGGGUCUGUGCUGCAGAGGACCAGGCCUCGGGGAUACCCUCACUAGGUUGCCCAUAUUUAUUUGUCUGUAUGAGUGUGUGUGUGUAUGUGUGUGUGCGUGUGCGCGCGUGUGCACGUGUUUUCACAGUGUGCUGAUCAGGACCCCUUACCCAGCAUUGGGCCCAGCUCGCUGCCCAGAGAAAGGGACAGUGCGGGCAGUGUGAGGAGCUGCCUUCCUGUUCCUCACCAGCCAUAAAGUCAGGCAAGGACACAGCAGCACUGGCCCAUUCUCAGGACAGCUUGGGCUUCAAUAGGCGGAAGGGGUGGGGCUUAGGUCCAUAAUGGGUAAUGUAGUCAUUGCUGCUCUAAACCUGGGCAGUCUUGGGGGAUUGGUGGUUCCAAUACCUACUGCAGGUGGACCUGGGCCUUCUAAGGAUGACUGUCUGAGGGGAGUCUUGUUUCAAAGGAAGACAGGUAGUUGGAUGUGGUGGUGGACACUUGUAGUUUCAGUACUGUGAGAGGCCAAGGCAGGAACACCGUCAAAUUCCAGCCCAACCUAACCAAACCCUGUGUCAGUCCCCAGUACUGAAAAAAACAAACAAAAAUGAAAGAGCACACAAAAAACA